GUGGCAAUCACACGUUGAUUUUUCUCGACCAAUCACAAAGACAUCGGCACCCUCUAUCUAGUAUUUGGUGCCUGAGCCGGAAUAGUGGGCACAGCCCUAAGCCUGCUCAUUCGAGCAGAACUAAGCCAACCAGGCGCCCUCCUAGGAGACGACCAGAUUUAUAAUGUAAUUGUUACAGCACAUGCAUUCGUAAUAAUUUUCUUUAUAGUAAUGCCAAUUAUAAUCGGAGGAUUCGGAAACUGACUCGUACCACUAAUAAUUGGUGCCCCAGACAUAGCAUUCCCUCGAAUGAAUAACAUGAGCUUCUGACUACUCCCACCGUCCUUCCUUCUCCUUCUUGCCUCUUCCGGAGUAGAAGCUGGGGCCGGAACGGGAUGAACCGUUUACCCACCCCUGGCGGGUAACUUAGCCCAUGCAGGGGCAUCCGUCGACCUGACCAUUUUUUCUCUCCACUUAGCAGGAAUUUCUUCCAUCCUUGGAGCUAUCAACUUCAUUACAACUAUUAUUAACAUGAAACCCCCUGCCAUCUCCCAAUACCAAACCCCUCUGUUCGUGUGGGCAGUCCUGAUUACUGCUGUACUUCUUCUGCUCUCCCUACCCGUCCUGGCUGCUGGCAUUACAAUGCUUCUUACAGACCGAAACCUUAACACCACCUUCUUCGACCCCGCUGGAGGAGGUGACCCAAUUCUUUACCAACACCUAUUCUGAUUCUUUGGCCACCCAGAAGUUUACAUUUUAAUUCUUCCAGGCUUCGGAAUAAUCUCACACAUUGUUGCCUACUACUCUGGUAAAAAAGAACCAUUUGGCUACAUGGGUAUGGUGUGAGCCAUAAUGGCAAUCGGCCUUCUGGGGUUUAUUGUCUGAGCCCAUCACAUAUUUACAGUCGGCAUGGACGUAGACACACGAGCUUAUUUUACAUCUGCCACCAUAAUCAUCGCAAUCCCUACUGGUGUUAAAGUCUUUAGCUGACUUGCAACCCUCCACGGAGGCUCAAUCAAAUGAGAAACGCCUCUUCUCUGAGCCCUAGGGUUUAUUUUCCUCUUCACAGUCGGAGGCCUAACUGGCAUCGUCUUAGCUAAUUCCUCCCUAGACAUCGUCCUGCAUGACACAUACUACGUAGUUGCCCACUUCCACUACGUCCUUUCAAUGGGAGCCGUUUUCGCCAUUGUUGCUGCUUUUGUCCACUGAUUCCCUCUAUUUACAGGAUACACCCUCCACAGCACUUGAACAAAAAUCCACUUUGGAAUUAUGUUUAUUGGAGUAAACCUAACCUUCUUCCCCCAACACUUCCUAGGCCUAGCUGGAAUACCUCGACGGUAUUCAGACUACCCCGAUGCAUACACCCUGUGAAAUACUGUCUCCUCCAUUGGAUCACUCAUCUCCCUAGUAGCAGUAAUUAUGUUCCUCUUCAUUAUCUGAGAAGCAUUUGCCGCAAAACGUGAAGUACUAGCAGUAGAACUCACCACAACUAAUGUAGAAUGAUUACAUGGCUGCCCUCCCCCUUAUCAUACAUUCGAGGAACCUGCAUUCGUUCAAGUUCAAUCAAACUGACGAGAAAGG